AUGAAUAGAACAGUAAGGUACAAUGCAGCGUCGAGCGAUGUGAGGCGGGAAGAACACCAAAAUCAUCUGGAAGUGUGCAACCAAGUCAUCAUUGUUAUGCGCCACGGAGAGCGCCGCGAUGGGGCAGUUGGUGCCCCAUCGGAGGUUGAUCCGCCGCUGACAAAGGAAGGUACAGCGCAGAUUACGAAAACCGCUGAAAAGAUUCGUGACAUACUGGGAGAAAAACAAGCAAAACGACUACUCCUUAUUGUCUCACCUUUUUUGCGUACUCGUCAAACCGCCCAAGAAUUGCAGAGGUGUGGAAUUGGUGAUGCACACCAUUCCCUCGUCGACAACACUCUUUGUGAGGUCUACGGACCUCUGCGGAUAAAGAGUAGCACGGCCCCAGUGUUACCGGAUGCGCUCGUGAAGAAUGGCUUGGGUAAAUUACCGCAGUGGGGGGAGUCUAUUGAAUUGGCUUCAGAGCGAUAUGUUGAGAAUAUGCUUCGUAACUCCCUCAGUUACCCACAGAACAAUUUAUUGCUUGUGACCCAUGGAGACGCCAUUAGUGCUAUUGUGACAGCCGUUUAUCCAAUGCGCAUAGUGUACGAGACGGAAUAUUUGUCCUUUAUUGUUCUUAAAAGAGCUCCAACAAGUGGAUGUGAUGGUGGCAUGGGCUUGUAUCAAUUGAUUGGCUCGAGCGGAGUACAGUGGCUGGAGGAGGCUCCUACAAAUUCUCUGGCGGAUACGUGUACAGCGGAAAUAGGUAACACUUCUAGUAGUGGCACACUUGCUCCUAAUGCGACACGGCCUCCAAAUUUGGCCAGCUGUAGGUAUGGGCACGAAGAUUCAAAUGCUAUUGCGAUUGACGAUGAUUGGGAUGUGGCUACUGAAGGAAGAAAUGAUUUUUCGGGAAUUUCUCUGUUAUUCCGCUUUAUGUUAAUUAUGUCACAAUUAUUGACGCUUCCUUCAUGGUCAGAUCAGGUCAGUGCUGUGAUGUACACAGGCGUGGUAAUUGCCGUUGAGUUGGUUUCGGUAGCUCUUCCUCUCAGCGUGUUGCAUUGCGUGCAGCUGGAUGUGACGCUCAGCUCUGUGGAGCGUAUACAUAAACUAACAAGACGCCAAAUUAUGCUGCCUGGUUGUAUCAUAGGCCCAAGGCUGCAAAGGUGCACUCUCUCCCUAUGUGUAUCGCUUGUGAAGGCGUUUGUUAUAUUUGUGUUAUGCAUGACAGUUGCUUUACUUGCAGGUCUAUUUUACAAGUUGAAGUUUAUUAUUGUUAUGCGCGAGUCGUAUGCCGAAGUUUUCGCAUCUGCCACGAAAUUUUUUGUGUUUGCUUUGUUUGUGGUGUUUGACACAUGUCGUAGGUUUUAUAAUGUGGAGCAUUGGGUAUAA